GGAGGGAGAGAGAGGUUGAGCGGGAGAGAGUGACAGAGAGAGAGAGAGAGGACAAUCGGACGUGGACGUCGCGCGGCCCUCGCAGACCUAAGCCCGUGCGCCCGUGACUGGAUUCCCCGGAUGCAAAAAAAAAAGUACAGACAGAGAACGAGGAAACGACCCCCCCUCCCCUCUCUCACCUCACCCCCCCCGACGGACAGCCGCGCGCUACAGCAGAGAAACACCAAUACAACUUGUCAUCUGACCAAUACAGUCACCGCUCUCGUCGCUGUGCAUUUUUUUUAUUUUGUACAAACAGUUUUGUUGUUUUGACGGACCGCUGCUUUGCAACUAUUUUGAGGAUAUUCUUUUGGAUUUUGGGAACGGUUAACUCAGGAUCUUAUUCUACAAGUUUUAAUUGUAACAUUUUCCUUUCCGGUCCGUUUGUGGGUUUCGUUGUCAUUUUGAUGUCUUAGUGUUAUUCUCGUUUUUUUAAUUAUGGACAGUAUUCUGUCUCAGACAGUCUGAGUGUCCCUCCCACUUCGCCGAGAAUAAUCUGCUGAAGCGUUUCAACAACGUUCAACUGCAAUGGAGUAUUUCGAUGAAAACAUUUCUGCAAGGAAAUAAGGAACUCUGCACAACCCGAGGUGAAAGGCAGCCAUCCCGCAUACUCGUCCUAUUGGUAGACUCUCCGGUCAGUCCGCCACUCCCCUUCAAGUAACCCCCCUCACCCCGCGGGAGACCUGUCUUUUCUACCGACCCCCAUCUGGACCGGGAUGUCCAGGCAGCUCUCUCAGCUUCCGAACCCCGACCUGCCAGCCGGCACCAGCCCACAGUUUGGAAAGCUGUACCCAGCCCUGCGAGGCUCCCUCACGAGAGAGCAACUCAACCCAUGGCGAGAUCUCAAGUCCCUCCUGCAGCACCCCGUAAAGGGAGACCAACGCUUAAAAACACCAUGUGAUGCAAAAGACAAAGAGAGGCUGGACGUUGAGGAGGACUCCAUGGGAGUGUGCCCCAUGAGGAAUGGCAGUGCAAUAGGCAGCAGUGCUAACAGUAACGGCUGUGCAGGAGAGGGCACGGGGGGAGUGUGUGGAUCGAAUGCAGAGAAGUUCACAGUCUUGGGGCCCCUCUUGUGGGAUCGCACCCUGCCGGCAGACGGGGGCCUCUUCCAGCUUCAGUACAUGGACUUGGAGGAGUUUCUGACCGAAAACGGAAUGGGCAACGUGCAUAAUAACAACAGCUCCAGUUCAGCCCAGAUCCCAUCGCAGAGCUCCCAGUCAGCCGUGCCCAACCAGAGCUCCCAGUGCCUACCGCCCUCAUCUCCACCCGGCUCUUCGUCUUCAUCGCCUUCUUCCUCUUCUUCCCCAUCGCUCAUUGGUUUGGAGGUGGCUCAGCCGCAGAGCCUCGGAGGUGGAAAUGACUGUUUGCAUGGGAGUCAGACCAGUAUGAACGACUCCUGUGAGUCUCCAUCUUCUUCCUCCUCGUCAUCCUGCCCACCUCUGCUCACGCCCACGGACAGCGGUCCGGACGGGGUCGGCAUGUACGACAUGGAUUCUUCAGACAUGGACAUGUCCGGCCAGCAGAACUACGACCCCAGGAGGCACUCCUUCAGCGAAGAGGAACUCAAGCCGCAGCCCAUGAUCAAGAAGGCCCGCAAGAUCCUGGUGCCCGACGGCUUGAAGGACGAGAAGUACUGGACCAGGAGGUAUAAAAACAAUGAAGCGGCAAAGCGUUCCCGAGACGCUCGCCGCCUCAAGGAGAACCAAAUAUCGGUGCGUGCCGCCUACCUGGAGAGAGAAAACGCCGCCCUGCGUCAGGAAGUGGCCGAGAUCCGGAAGGAACUGGGCCGCUGUCGCAACAUCCUCAAUAAAUACGAGAACCGCCUCGCUGACCAGUGAUGAAGCGGAAUCAGAACAUAAGCUGGAUUCAAUUUAAGACUCUGAAUUCUUGGUGUGGCCCGAUGGACAGAAUGGAGGAAACGGUGAUGGUGGUGAUGAUGAUUAUGAUGAUGAUGAAUGUAAAAGACAUGGGGAAGAUUUGCAUAUUGAAGCUCAGGUGUCUUGUUUUGUUGAGGUGUCAACUCUUAAAAGUGAAAGAUGGAGAGAAUAAUUUAACAGAUGAAAAGAUGUGACUUUUAAGAGUUUUGUUAUCGGAGAAUUGUAUAUUUUUAUAAUACUUAAGAAAAAUAUUUGAGGGAGAGCAAAUUUGGAGAAUAAUUUUGUAUAUUUUCUACAUAGAGACAGGGGAAAGCAAUGGUAAAUAUCUUUUAUUAUAGAUGAGUCAGGAGACGUUUAACAGGUGGUCGGACAUCGAUGGGUAUUUUUUCGACUUGAUCAUUGUGGUCAGGAUGCAGCAGCGGGGGCGAGGACGCGUGUAACAUUUGUAAUAUACAGAGCAAAAAAUUAUCUUAUAAUCGCAUAGUUCAACAUUCUGGUUGGUUUAUAUUCAAGCACUUAUUAUUUUUUUUCUUUCCCUUUUUCCUGUUUCUGUCACCGCGAACGUGCUGGAGAGAGACGAGAGGACACGUCAUGCAAACACUCGUACACUCUGUUCAACCACUUCAUCCCUUCUCUCUCUCAUCAUCUUGAGUUCCUCAACAAUAUUUUUCCUCUGUACUUUGAGCUUAACUUUGCGUUGAGCGAUUGGUUUGUCCGUCACGAGUCCACGCUCGUAUCGUCGACUCAAUCCCCCUUCCAUCUGUCCCAGCUGAGGGCUUUAAAUCCUCUCUGGUGUCCCGUCGUAUCCCACCUAAGCUGGUGAAAAACCCGCCCCGGGUGACCCGACUUGAUCCGCUCUUUCGAAUCGCCGGGACGUUUCUGUGUAUCCGACUGCUCUCCCCUCGCGGCCGAUCCCCUUCUUUCAGUGGUGUGCAAACUCUGUCCCAUGACAUUUCGUCCCCUGUUGUCUCAAUCUCAGUAUUGUGUUGUGUUCUAAAAUAGUCUUCGAUCUUCCCGGCCGGACGCACAUGGUUACUUUACUCUCCUUUAUGAACACACGUUGAUGAGCUUUGUUAUGGGGGCAGAGAUGUUGUUGUACAUUGGAUAGGCCUGUACUAUUUUGUGUAUUUGAUGUAUUCCAGGAAAUGGGUUCACUGCCCCCGUUGAGUGGAAUGGUGUUACUUUCUCAGAUUUCUGGGAGAAAUAAAAGCCAAAACUUCCUAUAUUGAUCCACAAAACUUGUUGCUAUUUAGGGCUUUUUUCAAUACUGCUCCUUCCUUACGGUUUACUCCUUUUAUCGCUCUUUACUUUUUACUGUAUCUAAGAAUUUCUAUGUGUAUCCACAACACCUACACAUGGAGCAUGGUACACUAUGUUAUGUUCCUGAGGAAGGAUGACUAGUGAUAGAAUGUGCUUUUAACCCCUUUUAUGACCAUGAUGAAUAGUUACCUUACUGGUAUUAUUACUGUUAUGAUUAUGAUGAUUACCCCUCUUGUUGUUGCUGUUCUAUACUAUUGAAUGAUUUCCUUUCUUUGGGUGAACGUGAUCUGUUGCACCUGGAAACACUUUUCGAUCUUCAUUGUUCCUCAGAAAAGACUGUUCGAAAACGAAACCCUCAGUCUGCCGCUCGGACCUCCAGACGUUACUCACUUCUACUACGGACACUACUGCCACCGGCGUCUCUCUGACCGCCGAUUCCCAAAGCGUGGCUCAAUAACUUGAACAUGAUAUUCAUGCGGACUUACUUUACCUUUGGUGAUGACCUCUUCUGUUCCCCGGCUGUGUACGGACUAUGCACACUAUCGAUAUGCUCCUUGUUGGUUUAUUUCAGCCUUUUAUCACCUCAAUCAGUGAUUGUUUCCUCUCCCAACAGGACGUAGUGUCUAAUAUCCUCACAGAUGUGGUUGGUGAAUCUUUUAGCGACUCUUAUUGAACUACAACUGCCCUGCUGCAUCUGUGGUGUCCAUUGUGUCCAGCCCAACUUGGUGCUGGUUAUUUGGAUGUAGUCAAGAUUUUUUCCAAAAACACCAAUAAAAGAUUGUUCUCAUUCA